CCGUGAGUGAGUACGCAGAGAGCGUGUGCACGAUAGCGGGCGACAUUGCUGACCUGCUGCAGCCAUCUUGCUCGGCCAUUGGCUCAAGCCAUUUGGCGCAAGCUCGGCUUGGGUAAUCUCACCUCCGGCGCCCCACGCGGGCCUGCCGGACCAGGGCAUGGGCUGCUUCUCGCCGGGCAACUUCGUGGCCUCAAGGCAGCGCGACUUUGUGGUGUUCAUGGUCGGCGCCUGCGGCCUCCUCGCCUGUUGCCUCGUGGUGCUCGUCGGCCUGCUGCGGGGCCGCCGCCUCUGCGAGGGCUCCUCGCUGGCGUCGGGCGCCCCCUGCGGCCGGCGGGCGCGCCAGGACGGCGCCUUCGAGGCCUCGCUGUGCGAGGAGCUGGAGCGCCGGCGGCUGACGCGCGCCCUGCGGAUCCUCCCCUGGGUGCAGGCACUGGUCUUCACGAACUUCUUCGUCUUCACCGUGGGCAGCGGGCUGGACGGGGGCUCCGCGAAGAGGUUCGGGUCGAUCGUUCAGGACAUCGCUCUCUGCGCCUUCAGCGGCAUGAUAUCCAUCAUGUGGGCAUCGCAGUGGGCACAAGUCUGCGUCGUGACGGCCAGGUCUUUGGACUACUGGUUCUCUGCGCUGAUGGCCUGCUUGGUAGUGUACCUGUCACCGUAUGCGAUCCGUGCAGACCUGGUCGCCUAUCGCAUGAGCAUGAUCUACAUUCUGAGCCUUUUCUUGUGUCUGUGGAAUCUGAAGCCGAUGGUGAACAUCCCAUGGUUGCUUGUGCUAUGCUUCUCGUCCACCUACACGCUGAUGUCCGGUGAGAACGCAGAGAAAAUCCAGAGUUAUGGUUACAGCUCCAAGCAGAUAUUGAGCGACGGGUUUCUGAACAUGAUUCUCUUGGUGGGCAUGAUCAUCGUGUUUAACCGCCUCCUGACUUACAUCGUUCGCCUGGAGCUCCAGUCCAAGUUAUCCAGGCAGGAGCUCCGGGCGGCCACCUCGGUGCUCGGCUGCGUGUGCGAGGUGGUGGUCGAUCUCGACGCGGAGUUCAGGCUGCAGAGGCACUCGCGGGAGCUAGCUGACAUGCUGUUCCUGAAUCCCCAGCGCAGCCUCAAGCAGGAGGACAUCCGCUCGUUCCUGGUGUCCGAAUCCGACAACAGGAAGUUCACAGAACAGAUGGGGCAGCUGUUGCUGCAGGACUGCGGGAAGGAGCACUCAGACCUGAGCAAGACCUUCCAGGUGCUGAUGAAGGACAGCACGGGCAUCCACGUGAACGUGCACGUGUUCGCCGUGUCCUAUUUUAGCCAGGGCGGGCUCCCGGCCUUCAAGGUGGGCGUCCUGGAGGUGAGCGACUCCGACUCCAUGCUGCUUCUGCCAAACCUAGGGCAUCUGGCGGAGAUCAGGCAGCUGCGCCGGCGGGGUCGCCGGCCAAAGCAGGACCUGCAGGGAACGCCGCCGGGGCCGCCCCCCGGUCCGCCAGAGGACGCUGAAGACAGCAGCGGCAGCAGCAACGGCACUCUGGACCUGGAGCAGUCCCUGGGCUCGGAUGCUUCAGGCUCGACGUUUUUCAAUGAUUUCGAGGGGGACGCCCCCGCCUUCUGGUUCGACGUGCUCUCGGCUGGCUACGACAUUCUGUGCUUCUCCGACAGCUUCCAGCACUGCUUCGGUACCUGCGAGGACGCGAAGUUUCUGAGCUGGGUCAAGAUGAACCAACACGACCAGUUUGUGGAGUGGGUCCAGGAGUCGUAUGUCGCGCUCCUGGGCCAGACCGAGGGUGACACCUCAACCUCCACGGAAUUUUUUUCGCGCCCCCUCCACUUCAUGCCGACCCACCUGCGCCAGCACCGGCUCGCCUUCUCGGCCACGGUGUUCCUGGACCUGGGCGACAUCCCGGACAUGUCCAAGCGGGGCCUAGGCACCGCGCGCAUGACCUUCAGCAGCGUCCGGCGCUGGACGACCAGCGGCGCUCGACGAAGACACGGCCGAGGGCCCAGGCGGCCGCCGCAGCGCGAUGGGGGGUUGCACCGCAGCGGUGGAACCCCAGGCGCCCUGGAGGCCGCGCUGUGCACGUCCUACAGCCUGUGAGCCGCGCCGGCAGGCCGGGGCUCGCCGGUCCCGGCCUCCGCCCGUCGGGCCGCGCCCCCUCGAGCCCCGUUGGAACGAUUUCAACAUUCUCUGAAGGAAAAUUGGCAGAGCUUCUAACCAAGAUUUUCUGAGACAGCUUACUUGUCAAGGUGGUUCGAUCCGCUCGGCCACAGCGUCGCUCAAGCGGAGGCGGGACAGACCGAUGAAUGCAUGGGCAUCGUGCCUGCGCAACUGCAUUUCGGGUGCGUUCGCAUCAGACGAGCACGUCAUGGAGUACGUGCGGGACCCCCCAAAAUGGCAAGUCUUUGUAUGAGUUUCACUGAGAGUUUUGGGCCAGACCCAGAACAGGCUUUCUAGUCCGUGCGCUCUGGCACCGUCGAGCCAGGAGCUUAUGCAUACUAUGCCGUCCCUCCUUUCUCGCUCCUCCUCCCUCCCCUCCUGCUGCUGCUGCUGCUGCUGCUGCUCCUCCUCCUCCUCCUCCUCCUCCUCCAAUCGCGCACGCUGUGCAUUAUGAGACAGCCGACGUGCAGUCGCUCCCGCAGAACGGCGAGUUCAGGCUGGCAUUGUCUUUUGCCCACGCGCUCCGGCGUAUGGCAGCUCGUUCGCUCGUUCGUUCGUGCAGCCAUCUUGAAAGUUGCGCAACGGUUGUGCUCGGGAGCGCAAGGUCGCAAGCACCAAAGUAAUUCGCCCAGUGCCCCUACCGCGGCUCUGUUGCAGCCGUCUUGAAAGUUGCGCAGCGGUUGCGCUCGGGAGCGCAAGGUCGCAAGCACCAGAGUUACUCGUACUCGCCCGAUGCCCCCACCGCGGCUGUGCGUCCGCAUCGGCCCCGACCGCGCACGUGCUGCGCCCCAGGGGCGGUGAAGAUGCCCCCUGUGGCCCGAGCCAGGAGGGCGCACGCUCCGAUCCGGGGGGCCCGGGAUGGGCCUCGCCGGAGAUCGGUGCGCGUGCGCCCCGACAGCCUCCAGUCAUGAAGAG